AUUUAUUAAAGGGUAGGUUAGAAUCUAGUUAAUUUUUAAUUCAUUAAAAGUAAACAUUUCGAAAAUCCAAACUCAUUUUUUCAAAUAAUAAUACUGAAAGUCUGAAACUGCAUGAUAAAUCUAGAGAUCCUAGACUAUAUAAAACCCACUUUAGCCACUCUCGCAAUAUCACCCUUUCUUUCGCUUUCCUCUCUCUCUCUCUCUCUUCCGGCAAAUCUCUGUCUGUUUCCACACUGUCUCAAAUUUAUGCCGCCGGAAUCGAAACCCGCCAGAGUUCAGGGCUCUACCUCUACGGCGGCUUACCCACCACCAAAUAUGUCCGAGCCGCUGCCUUGUCCUCGCUGCAACUCUGUCAUCACCAAAUUCUGUUACUACAACAACUACAACCUCUCGCAGCCUCGUUACUUCUGCAAAUCCUGCCGCCGUUACUGGACUCAAGGUGGAACACUCCGCGACGUUCCCGUCGGCGGUGGAACACGGCGGAGCUCUUCCAAACGCAACCGCUCUUUCUCCUCCAGUGCCACCACUGCCUCCUCCUCUUCAUGCUCUGCUUCCCUCAUCACGAUGAGUCAAGGAACUGUCACAAACGAAGCCAAGGGUAGUACUGUAAAUUCAGGUCACGGAAGUUUUGCGUCUCUGUUAAGUGAGCCGAGCGAUGGAGCAGCGUUUCUGGCGUUGGGAAGUGGAAGUGAUGGGUUGGAUUAUGAGUUUGGAUACCGGUACGGGUACGGUUUGGAAGAUAUGAGUAUCGGGUGUCUUGGAGGAGGCUCCGGAGGAGAGAUUCCGGUGGUGAAUGGUGGUGACACGUGGCAGAUUGGGGAGAUAGGAGGUAAAAGUGGGGACAGUUUGAUAUGGCCUGGUCUCGAUGCAAAGCAACUAUGUUAAGUGAAAAAACCGUUUCUAGUUCUUGUCUUCUUCCUCUGUUGUCUUUCCCUGUCUUUGUUUGUUUCUUUUUAGAAUUGUCUGUUUGUUUUUGUCAAGAAACCUAGAAGUAUGAAAUAGUUUCUUGUAUCGAUAGAGGUCGACAGACCUAAGGUAUAUAUACAAACGGUUUUGACCUAA